AUUUUUGCUUUUGGCCCCGGUGGCCCGGUUCCAGCCAGAGAAGCCGAGCACGGCAGCCCAGCCGGCGGCAGCACACGGGAACCGGAGACACGAGCGAUUCCGUCCCAAAUCCAUUGCCGUCCUCCUCCCGAAAACCCCAAUCGACCCUUCCCUCUCAGACGCGCAGCGAUUCCGCCAUAAAUACCGGUUGAUCGAGGGCGGGAGAGAGCGCACUCGACGGAGCACCGCGCGGAGGAACGAGGCCAAGCCCUUCGUCCGUUUCCGUCUGCGCCUGGGGGGGAUCCUUCCUCCGGAGGAAGAAGUUCCUUUGUAGAUAAGACAUGGGUCAAGCACUUGGUUUGGUUCAAGUGGAUCAAUCGACAGUAGCCAUCAAGGAAUCUUUUGGAAAGUUUGAUGAGAUCCUAGGACCUGGGUGCCACUUCUUGCCAUGGUGCAUAGGGAAGCAAAUUGCUGGGUACCUUUCACUGCGUGUUCAGCAGCUUGAUGUCCGCUGCGAAACAAAGACAAAGGAUAAUGUCUUCGUCAAUGUUGUGGCAUCUGUGCAAUACCGUGCCCUUGCGGACAAGGCGUCUGAUGCUUUUUACAGGCUUACUAACACCAGGGAGCAGAUCCAGUCAUAUGUCUUUGAUGUCAUCAGGGCUAGUGUUCCUAAGAUGAACUUGGAUGAUGCAUUUGAGCAGAAGAAUGAAAUCGCUAAAGCUGUGGAAGAUGAACUUGAAAAGGCAAUGUCAAUGUAUGGAUAUGAGAUUGUGCAGACUCUGAUUGUUGAUAUUGAGCCUGAUGAGCAUGUGAAGAGAGCCAUGAAUGAGAUCAAUGCAGCUGCUAGAAUGAGGGUGGCUGCCAAUGAGAAAGCUGAAGCGGAGAAGAUCCUGCAGAUCAAGAGAGCUGAAGGUGAUGCAGAAUCCAAGUACUUGGCAGGUCUGGGUAUUGCAAGGCAGCGCCAGGCUAUAGUGGAUGGGCUGAGAGACAGCGUUCUCGCCUUCUCUGAGAAUGUCCCUGGGACCUCCGCCAAGGAUGUCAUGGACAUGGUCCUGGUGACCCAGUACUUUGACACCAUGAAGGAGAUUGGGGCAUCUUCCAAGUCCUCUUCGGUCUUCAUCCCUCAUGGACCUGCCGCCGUGAAGGACAUCGCAGCGCAGAUAAGGGAUGGACAGCUCCAGGCCAGGAUGCUGUGAGGAGAGCACUGGAAAAAAAAUGCACGCUUUGAACAUUCCCGUCAGUAAAGAAGUCCAAGAGCCCCUAUAAAUAUCUAGAUAAUUGAGUAAAAGUUAGGGAUAUGGUAGCAAUGUGAGUACUCGCACUCCAGUACAGCUUGUUCAUUCUAUGUAUCACGUAUGUUUAUUAUCUAGAUGGAUGCUAUGUAGGACUGCGUGGAUUGUGCCAGGAAAGGAUAAAGACCUGUUUGUUACUGUAAACGUUCGUCAUGUCAUCGUACUGUUUGGAACUACCUACCUCUUUAAGUUUUGAAGCCCGAGCAAAGUCCUUCCUCAA